AUGGAGAAAGGAAUCAAAAUAAGAAAUAAAACUGAUAGCAGGAGGGUAGAGAUAUUAAAACAAGCACUUAAUGACAUCAAGAAUAAAAAAAUCUCACUCCCCCAUCAUUGAUCGAACGAUUGACUGUAAAAAUUUCUAAAAAAUGGGAAAAUUAACCCCAUCCUUGAUCAAACAAUUUUCAUGCAAAUUUUUAUAUAUAUAUAAAAAAUAUAUUAGUUAUCAAAAGCUUGGAAAUAUGUGUCUAAUGAAGCUGUUUUCAGAGACUUUGAGACGGCAAGAAGCUACGUAAUCAACCAUCCGAAGUGCUUUAGUCAUCAACCUAGGCUUAAAAACUAAUAAUCUAAAAUAUAGAGAUUCUUUAAAAUUUAAAAAUUUUUUAAAUAAGGAACAAAUUAAAUUUAUACAGUUUAAAGGAGUAGCCAAUAAAUCAACAUAUUAAAAAUUGGUAUUUUAUGAAAUUAAUUCAAUUUUUUGCUGUAAAAUAAUUAUUAAAUACUCUUAACCCUCUUAUUUAAAAGUAUAUAAAAAUAUAUUUUUUUAUUUAAAUAUAAAUUUUUUUUUCCCAAAAAUUUUUUUAACCCCCCAUCCUUGAUCGAACGAUGGCGAGCCGUUCGAUCAAGGAUAGGGGGGAGUGAGAGAAAAGUGACCCUCUCCCAUCAUUUUCACAGUUUAAAUCGAUUUUCAAUGAAAACGGAUUUCAUGAUGAUAAUUUUCAAAAAGAAAGUAUCACAGACCGUCAAAGGAGAAGCCCAAACGAAAGACUUUUUGCUUCUCAGCCCGAUAAAAGCCCUAUCAGAUCACUAUCUACUCAAAGAAACCUAAAUAAUGACUAUCGAAAAAUGCACCUAGAGCAGCUUGGUAGAAAAAAGAAUGAUCUCUUGAAGGACGCCGAAAAUGGAAAUCUUUAUCCUGAAUCUAUUAGGAUGAAAAAUGAAAGAAAUCCUGAGAAAGCUGACAAUUUUCCUUAUAUGCUUGGUGUAGGUGGAAGCCCAUUUCGUAAUGUCCAUGAUAAAUACAGUUCGGGCUAUUCCAAAGCUCCACGACGAUUAGAGCCGCUUUUUCCAGAUCAUCACUUCGUAAAAGUGUAUAAAACAGGCAAAAUCAUCCAAGAUAAAUAUUUCAUAGUAGAAGUCAGUAAAGAUCAUAAAGUGCUGAAGAUUAUGAUUUACAACCUAGAAGACCCUGAGAAGUUUGGGUUGGAAAUUUCUCUUAAAGAUGCCAAAAAGCUUAUUGGCGAUGCUGGGAAUUAUGAAAAAUUAGUGGAAAUGGUGAAGCUUGAGGGGAACGAACUCAUGCUUAUUGAAGACUCCUUAACCAAUGAAAAUGAAGACCAUCCAAUUGUGUCAUAA